AUGCCCACCAUCACCUUUGUCACGCCGCCGGGCAGGCCGUCCGUGCUGCGCGCCACGUCGGGCAAGCAAGAGGCAGCACAGGAUUCAAACUCGAUGCAUGAACCGGCACCCUUGACCUUUGGCAAGAGGCGCAUCCUGCCCGUGCUCACCACUUCGCCCGAGCCAGCCAAGGACGCAUUCGAACAGCCGCCCCAACGCGCAUCCCUCGACCAGCCAAGCUCCUCCCGCACCGUCCAUGACGACACGCGUGACCACAAACGUCCUUCGCUCCUCUCGGCUGCUAUGAGCUCGUCCGGCACACACCCACACCGCAGCCUCAGCACCACCAGCUCGGGCAUCCUGCGCAAGGCUCAGCUCGAAGACGGCUCGCACACCGACGAUCGCGAUUCCAGGUCACACGCGCCUUCUACAGACGCUGUCAACCCCGCUCCAAGGGCGCGUCUGCACUUUGUCGAACCUCACAAGGAGGCCACCCACCACACCUCGGCGCGCAUUCCGCACGACGCCAGGACGGAAGAGUCCUCGCAUGCAUCCACCUCGGCAGCUCCGGACGUACUCGCCAACGCCGACAACGCUCCUCGAAAGCGCAGCCUCGUCAUCCAGGAACACGCCGAUGUGAUCGAACGCGUCGCCGAGCGAGCUGCAAGGCAAGCCAACAACACAGACACUCAGGCGCCCGAUCACCCUCCCCACACGCGUCAUACCGUCCGAUCGCGUCAGCACAGCGCAUCGUCCGCAGGCGAAGAGACCGCCUCCACCCGCUCCAGCUGGGCCGUACGCAGCAGCUCGCGCGGGUCCAGCGUCGCCACCUCCCCCACCGUCGUCUCCGACGUCAACACACAAGAGCUCUCGGAUUUCGAUCUCAACAGGCCCGCUCGUGACCCCAAGCCGCCCGCCAACUCGUCCGUCACGCCCAUCUUUCACAGCACCGACGCCAAGCCCGACGCGCAGCCCAGUCGGCCACCGCCCCCUGCGCCCGCAACCUCGUCGCGCAAGCUCGUCUUUGUCGACCCCCCGCCUCCCAGGCCCAGGCACGAUGCGCCGCCUCCUCAAGCGUCCAAGCUCACCUCGGCCGCCACCUCGUCCAAAGCGCACAUGAAUGCAGUCAGCCAUGACGACGGCCACGAUGCGCACGCGCGCAAAGCGCUCUCGUUUGCCGCGUGUCCCAAGCCAGAGCGCCCCGCUCGCCUCUCGCCCGCACACGCCACCCGACGCGCCAAGAAGCUCUCCGCCAGCCCGGCUCCGCACAAGCUCGGCUAUCCACAGCGCUUGCGUGGCAUCCGCGGCACCGACCCCAUCCGAUCGCCCGCGCCCGACAGGGUCGUGCCGCUCACCCACGUCGCUGCCGAGCACUGGGAGGCUGCCAUCCACGAUCCGCCGUCCUCAGAAGGAUCCGGCUACAGCGAAGACGAAGAGGACGACGAUGACGAUCAAGACGACGACGACGACGACGACGAUUCGCAAAAGGAGCUCGGCAGCGAGCAGGAUGAUGACGAGCAAAAAUCCAGCUCGAGCGUGUCGGAUCAGCAGAGUCUUGCCGAGUCGGCGGCGCUGGCGAGCCAAGACGAUGCAAUCGCUCGAGCGAAUGCGGCUAUCCAGAGUGGUGGAGCGCAUCAAGCUGCUCGUGCUUUGACGCCUGUGCUCGACCUCGACUCGAGCGCUGUGCUGACCGGGCGACGGCACAGCACUUCGGCUCUGCUGCAGCUGCAGACGGCUCAUGCGGGGCCGUCGGUGCCGCUUUCGCCUCCGCGCGUGGCUCGGCCGUCGCGCUCCACGCAGGCCUCGCCGCGGCAGGGUGCCUCGCGCGCGGGACGCAGGCUGCAGCCCAAGGAGUCGCUCUCGCAUCCGAUGUGCUUCCUGCCCGAUGCGUUUGAGGAUUCGGCGCCGGCGACGCCGACGGAGCCCGAUUCGGACGGGUACGAGCCGCCGCGCGCCAACCUUUUGCAUGGGUGGCUGUCCGAGGGUGGGAGUGCGACGAGUUCGCGACGCGCGAGUUGGCAGCAACCGCUCAGUCCUGCUUUGCGGCCGGGUGCGGGGGAGCAGGAGGCGGUGCCGAUUACGUUGCCGCCGUUCAGGCGGUCGCGCGAGCGCACGGCACAGUGCUCGGUUACGAGCGACGACGAGCGCGCAAGUCGGUCGCUCGGUGGCAAUGCUGCGUUCAUUCGAGAGUCGGCAUUGGGUAGGUCGCUGAGUACAGCGCCUCUGUUGGGGGUGAGUGUGCCUGAUGGGAGGCCCGAGAGGCCGGUCAUGUGGAAGCAGCUCAGCCAUGUGGAGCGACCCGCUAGUGGGCUGGGCGCGUACAGGCGUGCGAGUCAUUCGUUGGAACCCAGGCUGGCAAAGUCGGCGUAUACGAGUCCGAUCGGAUCGUACACUGCGAGAGCGGCGGGGGUCAAGCAGCGCGCGACUUCGAUGCACAUGCGUGCGUUGCCCGUGGUGGCACAGACUCAGCGAGAUGUCAGCGGCGCAGCCUCGCCCAGGAGGGACGAUGCACAGGCGACUUUGAAGCAUCAUCUGGCGCCGGUUAGGAGCGAGGCAGAGCGCGAUGAUGAGGCGCCAGGGAAUGCGGCUAGGUACUGGACAGAGAGGCUCGCGAGUCUGGCGCAUGCGAUGGGCGAUGAGCUGGCGAGUGUCGGACAGACCGUGCUUGGGUACGAGGCGAGGGCGAAUGCAAAUGCGCAUGAGGAGUAG